AGGCCCAUGUGCUUUGGAAGAAGAAGUCGGGGACCAGUUUGUGGAAAGCAUCGGACUGAACAAGAGGCCUUUCCAUUUGGUCGGCACCUGGAUGGGGGGGAAUGUGGCAGGUGUUUAUGCCGCCCAGCACCCAACUGAUAUCAGCAGCCUCACCCUCAUCUGUCCUGCAGGUUUGAUGUAUCCAACCGAGAGUAAGUUCCUAAAACACCUGAAGGGCCUGGAAAAAUCUGGCGACGACCAGAGGAUCCUGCUCAUCCCGUCCACAGCCGGAGAAAUGGAGGACAUGCUGAGACUCUGCUCUUGUGUUCGCUUCAAGAUCCCCCAGCAGGUCCUGCAGGGGCUCGUUGACGUGCGCAUUCCCCAUAAUGAAUUUUACAGACAAUUGUUUAUGGCUCUUGUCAAUGAGAAGUCGAGACACAGUUUGCAGGAAAACAUGAACAAAAUUGUGGCUCCCACUCAGAUAAUCUGGGGCAAACAAGACCAGGUUCUGGAUGUAUCUGGGGCUGAGGUUUUGGCCGGUUCUAUCCGCGGGUGCCAAGUAGAGAUUCUGGAGAACUGCGGCCACUCAGUAGUGAUGGAAAGGCCCAGGAAAAGCGCCAAACUCAUGACGGACUUCUUGUCUUCAAUUCAGAGCACAGAGAACAACAAGAAACACGAAUAAUAUUUCUGGUCCUUCUCUCCCGUCGCGUUGAGUCUCUCAGGGAUCCGGCAGAACCACUAGGAAUAGAAUGUAGUUCCUGGGCCGAGACCCAACAAUGACUUUGUUCUGUGCCGCAGAUAAGGGCGACCAAUGGCACAAGCCUCUGGGACUGGGGAUGAAGAUACGGACGUCGGCCCAAUAAUUCUGUAUCUCGUUAUUUCUCAGUAGGACCCUGUGUCUGGUCCAAACCAUGAAAACCCGAAUUAUGGCCCAUAAAACCCAUUAUAGUCUGCCAUGUCUUUAGGCUCUCAGCCUGCUGCAUGUAGUUCAACAAGAACUGGCAUUUUGGUCCUUUUAGAAAUUCUUAUUUUUCAUUUGGGCUUAGAUACCGCGCUAAAGGGAAUGUUGGCGCUAUAUCAAUGAUAGUAAGAUGAUAACUGGCAGUUACAGGUGAAAUAGAGUGAAAAGGUUGAACUUGAUGGACGUGUGACUACAAUACUGUGUGUAACUUCAGGGAAAUGGCCCCCAGCAGCCAAUAAUAAUGUAACCAGUUAAAUCAGAGAGCACAGAUAGUGGCACACAUAGUGUUAAUAAUUGGGCUGAUUGUAUGAAACUGACAUUUGGGAAGGUCACAAGUCCCCCCCCCUCCCCUGUGUCCCAUGGACUGACCCAAUCACUGGAGGGUUUGAUGGGUUAAUGUGAGGAAUGUUCUGGCGCCACUAAUUAACCCUAACGAGUAACACUAAUGAAAGUACUGUAACUGUAUUUUGUAUAGAGAUCACAAAAUGCACAAAAAUACUGUGACAAUGAUCUGGGUGAGACUUGACAUUCUGGCUCCAUGAUGCACAGCCGCAUGCAGAGCAUUUCUACUUCUGAUAAUAAAUUAUAAUAACAA